UUGUGGUUGCUGGGAAGGCUUGGGAAUAUCUUAACUGUACUUGGAAAUUUUGGAAGCAAGAACUUGUUUUUGGAUCGGAGUUAUGGGUCCCAUUUUCAGUUGGAUAGGACAGUAAAGAGGAGAAAGAGGUUGAGAGGUAAUAAAAGGGCACACAGAGGAGAUGUCAUCUUACUUUGCCCGUUCCAAGGACCUGACCCGAACCAGGAAGUCUGUGACCGAUUCACCACCAGCUUCACCGUCCUACACUGACAAGAACUAUAGACAUGAACGAUUGUCAAGAUAUGACUCCAGUGGGGAGACUGUCACAGACAAGCCACUGGGGCGAACCAGCUCCUACACUCGCAGAGAGGCACGGCUGGCUGCUCUCAACAGGACAGAUCCAGACACAACCUCAAAAGACUAUAAAAAGAUGUAUGAAGAGGCUCUCCACGAGAAUGAGAAGCUGAAGAGCAGGUUGAACAACAGCAAACAGGAGCUGACCAAAUUACGCUCACAGCUGGAAAAAGUUACUCAGAAGCAUGACCGGAUAUCAGAGCGGUCCAGUGCACUAGAAUCUGAAAAGCGGGAAAAACAAGCUCUAGAGAAGCGAGUGUCAGACAUGGAAGAGGAAAUCAAGGUAUUGACAGAGCUGAAGUCAGACAACCAGCGACUAAAGGAUGAGAAUGGGGCCCUUAUUCGAGUCAUCAGCAAACUGUCUAAAUAAUGGACUUCUACUUGUGAUGGAAAUGACAAUAUAAUUAUCUCCAGUGUCAGCCUCCUGUCCUUAUAGUUAAGUGACUGUCAAUAACCAAAGAGAAGAGUUGAAUGCAUUUACCACUUAAAUUGUUCUCUGCACAAUAAGGACCACAUGAACACUUAGGGCCCAGUAAGUUAGCAUCAUGGAUUUUUACACUACUGAAAUAUAACUUCACUGUUUGGUUUGUAUGCAUAGAGAUAGAUUAACCUAAGCUCCUAUAGUGUGGUAUGGUACAUGGAAAUGAAAAUAUUUAUACAGAUAAAAGAUAUAAGCUUAGAUAUUCUUAUUUAUUCAUGUACUGCGAAGAACAUGUUUUAAUGCUGGGGAAACAAUUUUCAUAAUACAAGUUUGUUUGCAGCUAUAUAGUUGCAGUCAGUAAAUUCGCAUGAGCUAUAGGACCACUAUGGCUAGUUAAAACAUAUAGUAAACUAACCCUAACUUUACAGUUUUUAAAUACUCUUUUAAUAAGCAAAUGAAUACCAAUUUGCUAUGAUAUAUUUUAGUUAUUAUUCAUUUUUAUUUUUGGUUCUCCAUGUUGAAUUUUAGCCAUAAAAUUGGGGACUAAAAUUAAGGAUGCAGAUACUGUUUUUGUUUUGCACUCUUGCACAUUAUUUUCACAGUUUGAUGUGUAGAUUUUUAAAUGAAUUAUUGGAGUGCACCUCUGAUUAUAGCCAUGAUAUUUUUGGUCACGAUUGUAUUAUUGUAUUAUUAAAAGUCAUAUUUCUACAAGGGCUAUGAAUGUAUAGUGGUGCUUUUCAGUUUCUAGAAUAUAAGAAUUUUGUUUACAUGGUGUUAUCAUGUUGAACCUAAUAUUUUUUUAGUGAGUAGAAACUAAAAAUCACUAUAGUACAACAGAAAUCUGCAUUUGUAUUCUGUAUUAUUGGCCUAUAGAAUGUUGUGAUCUGAAAUCUGAAA